AAAACCGUUGACUCAGUCAUCACACAUGCACACCACGCGAGUCCACGACGACCACACGAGCGCCGUACCAAAUCCUGCCUAUAUAACAGAGCUCAUGUGGGUGUGGCUAGCUGCAGCCUAGUAGCUUGCAUCAGAGUUUCAUCUCAUCUAUCGAUCGGCUAAUUUCUAGCUUAAUUAGCUUGUGAUCCCUUUCCUUCCCGCCAUGGAGGCCUCGUCGUCUCCUUGCAAGCUUCUUCUUCUUCUUCUUCUUCACGUCGUCCUGCUCGCGUUCGCGCCGCUGCUCCAAGCACGGCCACUCGGUCAUCAGGUGGUGGUGGCGCCGCUAAUGUUGCCGAGCGACGGCGGCGAGGUCGUCGGAGGUGUCGGGCGGCCGGAGGAUCACAUCCCACCGUCACCUUUUGCGCCUGGCGGGCCGAUCACGCUCGCCGGCGGAUGGCUGGUGGGGAGGCCGGUCGGCCCCACUCCGCCGCCUCCUUCGCACCCCGUUGUGCCGACUCCGACGCAGCUCGCCGCCGACGAUGACGGCGGAUUGCUGAGGAGGCCGGGCGGCCCCACUCCGCCGUCUCCUUGGCACCCCGGUGUGCCGACGCAGACGCAGCUCGCCGGCGGCGACGACGGCGGCGUCGGCGGAUUGCUUGGGAGGCCGUGGCCUAAGGCUCCCCCGCCGCCUGACCCGAACACGCCGCCGGUGCAGCCGCUCUCCAACUACGGCGUGUCGCGGUGUUGCGGCCGGCCAGGACCCGCUCCGCCGACGCCGGCCGGAAACCCGCCGGGUGAAACCAACGUCGCCGUCGCGCUCGCGCCGCCGAUCCCCUGCGCCGCUUUUCUCCGGGUGAUCCGCGACGCCGUGCAGUACAUGGUCGGCGGCGGACUCGGAGCCUGAAACGAUCGAGAGCUCGACACCGAGAAGAAGAGAUAUAUACGAGAGAGUUGUACUUGUACGUGUAUAUUUGUACGCAUACAGAAGCAAAGCUAUAGGCAAGUAUGUAUACGGUAUAACGACUGUAUAAUCGUAUAUAUUGUAUAGUCGUUUUUUAUUUAAUUAUAAGUGUCGUAGCAGAGUCUAGGUAAGUAGACACCAGCUGAGCAAAAAGACUAGCUGGCUAGUAGCUGCACGUUGUUGCGUCGCUCAACUACGAAAAAUGGAGAUGCAGUAAUUAUAAUCUCUCUGUGGCCAAUUGGCGCAGUAUAUGCAUAUAUAUAUACACGGUGGUGAAUCCGGCUGAAAUCAGAGGAUAGAUUUAAAGUCUAAA